AUGUCAAAAGGCAUCUUGCUGGGAGACGUAUUUCCAAAUUUUGAAGCUGAGACCAAUGAGGGCCAUAUUCCGAGUUUUCAUGAUUGGAUUGGUAAAGACAGUUGGGCAAUACUUUUUUCUCAUCCUCGAGAUUUCACGCCAGUCUGUACCACGGAAUGUGCACGGCUGGCUCAGUUAGCACCAGAAUUCAAAAAACGGAAUGUAAAAUUAAUUGGCCUAAGUUGCGAUUCUGCUGAAUCACACCGUAAAUGGAUUAAUGAUAUUAUUGCUCUACGUAAAUUGGAAAAUGGUGGUGGCGGCGACUGUUGCGCAGAUAAACUUCCAUUUCCGAUCAUAGCUGAUGAAAAUCGUUGCAUUGCUACAAAAUUAGGUAUGAUGGAUCCAGAAGAACGAGAUGAAACGGGUGCUGCCCUCACUGCUCGUUGUCUGUUUAUAAUUGGACCUGAGAAAACAUUGAAACUGUCGAUUUUGUAUCCUGCAACAACAGGACGAAAUUUCAAGUAUGUUUGUCCUUUAAAUGAUAAAAUAGAUCGAAGUGGUAAGAAACGGAAACAAGGAUCAGGAUUUGAUAUCAUUGUGAGCUGCAGUCAUAUUGCAAUGUCAGAACUUUCCCUGAGUACUUCACGCUGUUCAGGAAUUUGUCUAAUUGAGAUGUUUUUCUCUUUAGAUGACAUUCUUCCUUUCAGCGAGAUUCUACGUGUUAUUGACUCACUACAACUUACAGCAGUCAAGCAAGUUGCGACACCUGUCGAUUGGAAGGAUGGUGAUGACUGCGUUGUGAUACCAACGCUUGAUGACGCUGAAGCAAAAAAAAUCUUUGGUGAGAAAAUAACUACAGUCGAGCUACCAUCAGCAAGACGCUAUCUCCGCAUAGUUCCCCAUCCAAAAUGA